UCUCUCUCUCCUUCCCUCCUUCUUUCCUCCCUUCCUUCCUUCCUUCCUCCCUUCCUCUCCUCCCCGGCGCCACCUGCGAUGCUGACGCUGCCGGAGAGGAGCUCAAAGGGCGAUGCACGGUGGAGGCGGAGGCGGCGAACGAGAUCCGUGCAUGAAGAACAAGCUCUCCUGCAGACGCCCUGAGAGGGGGAACUGGACAUCCUGACCUCAGCGUGACUCUACAUCGCUGCAAAACCAGGCGGACUUUUUUUUAUGUGGACGCUGGUCCCGUGCCCCGAUCGCCAUGAGUAGCACCCUCUCCCCCACGGACUACGACAGCCUGGAGAUCCAGCAGCAAUACAACGACAUCAACAACCGCUGGGAAGUGGCUGACGAAGACUGGGACAAUGAGAACAGUUCGGCCCGGCUUUUCGAGCGCUCCCGCAUCAAGGCAUUGGCAGAACUUUGGUUCAAUCCCAGGGCUGGGGGCCCCACGCCACCCCCUGAGCUCUCCCCGGCGGCCUUCGUCAACGCCGUGCAGUACGCCAACGUCUUGGAGGGCAGGUUCAAGCAGCUUCAAGAUGAGCGAGAGGCUGUGCAGAAGAAGACCUUCACCAAAUGGGUGAACUCUCACCUGGCCCGCGUCACCUGCCGCAUCAGCGACCUCUACAGCGAUUUGCGGGACGGACGGAUGCUUCUCCGCCUCCUGGAAGUCCUCUCCGGAGAGCAGCUGCCCAAACCCACCAAAGGCCGGAUGCGCAUCCACUGCCUGGAAAACGUUGACAAAGCCCUGCAGUUCUUGAAGGAGCAGCGAGUCCACUUGGAGAACAUGGGCUCCCACGACAUUGUGGAUGGCAACCACCGCCUCACCCUGGGCCUCAUCUGGACCAUCAUCCUCCGCUUCCAGAUUCAGGAUAUUAGUGUGGAGACGGAGGAUAACAAGGAGAAGAAAUCAGCCAAGGAUGCUUUGCUACUCUGGUGCCAGAUGAAAACCGCAGGGUACCCAAAUGUGAAUGUACACAACUUCACCACCAGCUGGAGGGACGGCCUAGCCUUCAACGCAAUUGUCCACAAACACAGGCCAGACUUAAUAGACAUCGACACCUUGAAGAAAUGCAACGCACACUACAACCUCCAGAAUGCCUUCAACAUUGCCGAGAAGGAGCUGGGCCUCACCAAGCUCUUGGACCCAGAAGAUGUGAACGUCGACCAGCCAGAUGAGAAGUCCAUCAUUACCUACGUCGCCACCUACUACCACUAUUUCUCCAAGAUGAAAGCCUUAGCUGUGGAAGGAAAACGGAUUGGGAAGGUGCUGGAUUACGCCAUCGAAGCUGACAAGCUGAUUGAGAAGUACGAGACGCUCGCCUCUGACCUGCUCCAGUGGAUCGAGCAAACCAUAUUGACCCUGAACGACCGGAAGCUGGCCAACUGCCUGAGUGGAGUCCAGAACCAGCUCCAGGCGUUCAACACCUACCGCACGGUGGAGAAACCCCCCAAGUUCACAGAGAAAGGUAAUCUUGAAGUUCUGCUUUUCACCAUCCAGAGUAAAAUGCGAGCCAAUAACCAGAAGGUUUACACUCCAAGAGAGGGAAGGCUGAUCUCGGACAUCAACAAGGGUUGGGAGCGCCUGGAGAAAGCAGAGCACGAGCGAGAGCUAGCCCUUCGCAACGAGUUGAUUCGGCAAGAGAAGCUGGAACAACUGGCAGCCCGGUUUGACCGAAAAGCAGCCAUGCGCGAGACCUGGCUGAGCGAGAACCAGCGCCUCGUUUCCCAGGAUAACUUUGGGUUAGAUAUUUCGGCGGUGGAGGCAGCAGUGCGGAAACACGAAGCCAUCGAAACAGACAUUGUGGCCUACAGUGAGCGCGUGGCAGCCGUGAAUGCGGUGGCAGACGAGCUAGAGAUGGAGGGCUACCACGACAUCAAGCGGGUGCUGGCGCGCAAGAACAAUGUCGCGAGGCUGUGGGAUUACCUGCGGGAGUUGGUGGCUGCCCGCCGCGAGCGCCUGAUGCUCCAUUUCGAGCUGCAGAAGAUGUUCCAGGACUUGGCCUACCUCAUGGAUUGGCUGGAGGAGAUGAAGGGCCGGCUCCAGUCUCAGGACUUUGGGAAACAUUUGCACGGCGUGGAGGACCUGCUUCAGAUCCACGCUCUGGUCGAGGCCGACAUCACUGUCCAAGCCGAACGGGUCAAAGCCGUCAGUGCCGCUGCCCAGCACUUUGCCGUUUCCGGAGAAGGAUACAAGCCCUGUGACCCGCACCUCGUCCAAGAGCGCCUGGCAACCCUGGACCGGUGCUAUAAGGAGCUGGUGGCCCUGGCAGCUCAGCGGCGGGCCAAGCUGGAGGAGUCUCGCCGCCUCUGGAAGUUCUUCUGGGACAUGGGGGAGGAGGAGGCCUGGAUCCGGGAGCAGAGCCAAAUCCUCUCGUCGGACGACUUCGGCAAGGACUUGACCAGCUCGCGCCGACUCACCAGCAAGCACAACGCCUUCCACGACGAGAUGAGCGGCCGCGCCGGGCCGCUGCAGCAGAGCAUCACCGAAGGCCGGCAGCUAGUCGCCGAGGGCCACUUUGGAGCCGUCGAGGUGGCCGAACGGAUCCGGGAAAUCGAGGAGCAGUGGGAGCAGCUGGAGGCGCUGUCGAGCCAGCGGGAGCAACGCCUCCUCCAGGCUUCCAACUUUUACCAGUUCCAGGCCGACGCAAAUGACAUGGAAGCCUGGCUGCUGGACGCCCUCCGGUUGGUGUCCAGCUCCGACGUGGGCCACGACGAGUAUUCCACGCAGAGUUUGGUGAAGAAGCACAAGGAGGUGGAAGAGGAGAUUCACAACCACCGGCCCACCCUGGAUGCCUUGCACGAACAAGCCCAAAGCUUGCCACCCGCGUUUGCCCACUCCCCCGAGGUGGAUGGCCGCCUUCCUGCUUUGGAGCAGCGCUAUGAGGAGUUGGUGACGUUGGCGGAGCACCGCAAGCAGGCGUUGCAGGAUGCCCUCAACCUCUACAAGAUGUUCAGCGAAGCAGACGCUUGUGGGCUCUGGAUCGGCGAGCGGGAGUACUGGAUCGAAACCAUGGAUGUCCCAGAGAAGCUAGAAGACCUCGAAGUGGUUCAACAAAGGUUUGAGACGCUGGAGCCAGAGAUGAAUAACUUGGCCUCUCGCAUUGCAGCUGUGAAUGAGAUUGCGACCCAGCUUUUGGGCACUGACCACAGGAACAAGAACAGCAUCCAGGAUACUCAAGAAAAACUCAAUACCAGGUGGCAGCAGUUCCAAGCCCUGGCCAGCCGAAAGAAGGAGGCUCUGACGUCCGCCCUCAGCAUCCAGAACUACCACCUGGAGUGCAACGAGACCAAGGCUUGGAUGCGGGAGAAGACCAAAGUGAUCGAGUCAACCCACGGCUUGGGCAACGAUUUGGCCGGCGUGAUGGCGCUGCAGCGGAAGCUGGCCGGCAUGGAGCGGGACCUAGAGGCCAUCCAAGGCAAAGUGCGGGACCUGCGGGAGGAAGCUGUCCGGUUGACGGAACACCACCCGGAGCAGUCGGCCGCGAUUUUGGGCCGCUUAUCCGAAAUCGACGGCACUUGGGAGGACCUGAGGGAGACAAUGCGGCACCGGGAGGAGUCUCUGGGGGAAGCCAGCAAGCUCCAGGGCUUUCUGCGCGACCUGGAUGACUUCCAAGCCUGGCUCUUGCGCACCCAGACCGCCAUCGCUUCGGAGGACGUGCCGGCCACUCUGGCGGAAGCGGAGCGCCUCUUGAACCUGCACGAGACCAUCCGCAACGAGGUGGAACACUACAGGGGUGACUACCGGCGCCUGCGCGCCAUGGGGAAGGAGGUGACGCAAGGCCACACGGACGCCCAGCACAUGUUCCUGCAGCAGCGCCUCCAGGCUCUGGACACCGGCUGGAAUGAGCUGGGCCAGAUGUGGGAGAACCGGCACCAGCUGUUGUCUCAGGCGUACAGCUUCCAGAUCUUCCUGAGGGACACCAAGCAGGUGGAAGGGGUGCUCAGCAACCAGGAAUACGUCCUGACGCACACGAGCAUGCCCAGCUCCCUCCAAGCUGCUGAGGCUGCCAUUAAAAAGCACGAGGAUUUCAUGACUACCAUGGAGGCCAACGGGGAGAAGAUCAAAGGGUUGGUGGACUCGGGCCGGAAGCUGAUUAUGGAGGACAGCCUCCACUCGGAAAAGAUCCAGGAGAAGGUCAAUUCCAUUGACAGUCGACACAGGAAAAACCAAGACGCGGCCCAAGACCUCCUGGCUCGGCUCCGUGACAAUCGGGAACUCCAGCACUUUCUGCAAGACUGCCAAGAGCUCACCCUAUGGAUCAACGAGAAGAUGCUUUCUGCCCAAGACAUGUCCUAUGACGAAGCGCGCAACCUUCACACCAAAUGGCAGAAGCACCAGGCCUUCAUGGCAGAGUUGGCCUCCAACAAGGGAUGGCUGGAGAAGAUUCAGAAGGAAGGGGAGCAGCUGGUGUCCGAAAAGCCAGAGUUGGACCCUGUGGUGCAGGAGAAGCUCACAGGGCUGCAAAAGCUUUGGGAGGAGCUGGAAUCCAGCACGCAGAGCAAGGCUCAGUGCCUCUUUGACGCCAACCGAGCCGAGCUCUUCACCCAGAGCUGUUCUGCCAUGGAAGCCUGGCUGAGCGGCCUGCAGACCCAGCUCCACUCCGACGACUACGGCAAGGACUUGACCAGCGUCAACAUUUUGCUCAAGAAGCAGCAGAUGAUGGAGAACCAGAUGGCCGUCCGGGAGAAGGAGGUGGAGGGCCUGAAAGCCCAGGCCUUGGCCCUCAGCCAGGAGGACUCCAACACGGUGGAGGUGGAUGGCAAACUGCGGACGGUGGAGGACAGGUUUGUGGAGCUACGGGCGCCUUUGCGGGAGCGCUGCGAGAAGCUGCUGGCCUCGAAGGAGGAGCACCAGUUCAACCGCGACUUGGAGGACGAAAUCUUGUGGGUGAAGGAGCGGAUGCCCAUGGCGGUCUCCACCGAUCAUGGCAAAGAUCUUCCUACCGUCCAGCUCCUGAUCAAGAAAAACCAGACCCUCCAGAAGGAGAUCCAGGGCCACCAGCCGCGCAUCAACGACAUCCUCGGGAGGUGGCAAGGGCUGGCGUGCAGCGGUCUGGAGGCCGAGCUGCAGGGCCGUGUGGAGGCCUUGCAGGAGAUGUGGCAGGAGCUGCAGAACCAGGUGGAGCAGCGGCACGGGCGGCUGGAGCAAGCCCAGAUGGCCCAGCAGUUCUACUUCGAUGCCGCGGAGGCUGAGGCCUGGAUGGGGGAGCAGGAGUUGCACAUGAUCUCAGAGGAGAAGGCAAAGGAUGAACUCAUAGCCCAAGCCAUGGUGAAGAACCACCUAGUGAUGGAGCAAGCCCUGGAGGACUACGCACAGACCAUCCACCAGCUCUCCCUCCAGAGCCGUGACAUGGUUAACAAUGGACACCCGGAGAGUGAGCGGAUCAAUCUCCGUCAAGGCCAAGUGGACAAGCUCUACGCCAGCCUGAAAGACCUGGCGGAGGAGCGCCGUGCCAAGCUACAAGAGCAGCUCCGGCUCUGCCAGCUGAAGCGGGAGGUGGACGACUUGGAGCAAUGGAUCUCGGAGCGGGAAGUGGUGGCCGCCUCCCACGAACUUGGACAGGACUACGAACACGUCACUAUGCUACGAGACAAGUUCCGGGAGUUCUCGCGGGAUACCAGCACCAUCGGUCAGGAGCGGGUGGACACUGUGAACCAGCUAGCGGACAACAUGAUCUCCGCCGGCCACUCGGAUAACGCCACCAUCGCUGAGUGGAAGGACAGCCUGAAUGAGGCCUGGGCCGACCUUUUGGAACUCAUUGACACCCGGAGCCAGAUGCUGGCCGCCUCUUAUGAGCUGCACCGCUUUUACCACGAUGCCCGGGAGACCCUCAGCCAGGUCCAGAACAAGCAGAAGCAGCUUCCCGACGAAGUGGGGCGGGACCUGAACACGGCUGAGGCCAUGCAGCGGAUGCACAGCGCUUACGAGCACGACAUCCAGGCCCUGAGCACCCAGGUGAAGCAAGUCCAGGAUGAUGCUGCCCGGCUGCAGAAGGCCUACGCCGGCGAGAAGGCAGACGACAUCCGGAGGCAUGAGCAGUCUGUGAGCGAGGCUUGGUCUGACCUGCUCAGCAGCAGCAGCGGCCGCCGGCACCUUCUCAUGGACACCGUUGACAAGUUCCGCUUCUUCCGCAUGGUGCGCGACCUCCUCCUUUGGAUGGAUGACGUCAACCUCCAGAUAGACGCUCAGGAGAAGCCCAGGGAUGUGUCGGCUGCUGAUUUGGUCAUUAAGAAUCACCAGGGCAUCAAGGCUGAAGUCGAGGCGCGGGCUGACAGCUUCAACGACUGCAUUGCCAUGGGCAACGAGUUGCUAGCCAAGGGGCAUUACGCCUCGGACAAGAUUGCAGAGAAACUGACCCAGCUGCAGGACCGACGGAAGGAGAUCAACAACAAGUGGCGGGAAAAAAUGGACUGGCUACAAAUAGUCAUGGAGGUGCUGAUGUUUGGACGUGAUGCCAGCAUGGCCGAGGCUUGGCUAUCCAGCCAGGAGCCGAUUGUGCGCUCUGCCGAGCUGGGCAGCAAUGUGGACGAAGUGGAGAACCUCAUCAAGCGCCACGAAGGCUUCCAGAAAUCGGCAGCUGCCUGGGAGGAGCGCUUUCUGGCCCUGGAGAAGCUCACAACGAUGGAAGAGAACGAACGUCGCCGUCAAGAGCAGGAAGAGGCGAGGAAAAGGAGGCCUCCAACGCCACCACCUGUGGCCACGACACCCCAGCAACAGGGUCCCGACAAGCGGAGUCCUGGACAACGAGGAACAUCUGUAGAGAUGCCGUCCCUGAACGGGAUUGAUGCUGACUCUGAAACUACCCAGAUUUCGGAGUCGUCCGCCACAGUGAAUGGGUCGCGGCUGGAUUCGGUGUCCAAGGAGCCCAGCCCGGCCCCCUCGCCAAAGCCCCGCUCCAAGGCGCCCGAUCCCACCCAGUCGGCCACUCUACCCCCGCGGACACCGGACCCUUCGGCCAUCGAGCAGAUGGAAGGUGUGCUCUGCCGGAAGCAGGAGAUGGAGUCCCACGGCAAAAAGGCAGCUAACAGGUCCUGGCAGAACAUCUACUGCAUUGUACGGAAGGGUAACUUGGCCUUUUUCAAAGACAGCAAGAACGCCACCAACGGCAUCCCGUACCACGGCGAAGCUCCCGUCGGCUUGCAAGGGGCGCAGUGCAGCGUAGCCUUGGACUACAAGAAGCGCAAGCAUGUCUUCAAGCUCGGGUUAACAGAUGGCAAAGAAUACCUAUUUCAGGCCAAGGAUGAGGCCGAGAUGAGUAGCUGGAUGCGGGUCAUCAACGCCACCGCCGCCGCCGCCACCCCGCAAAACCAGGGCCAAGCCGAGGAUCCGGUGAUCAGCAAAGGCAUGAGCCGGGCCUCGAGCAUGCCCCCGGUCACCUCCAACAGCGGCCCCGAAGGGACCGUCACCCUGCGGAACAAAGAGACCAAGGAGAAGGACCGCGAGAAACGCUUCAGCUUUUUCAAGAAGAACAAAUAGCGGGGAGCGGGUGUGUGGGAUGGGUGGGUGGGGAAGGGUCGGUGGAAGAGCUGCGGCGCAAAACCCAAAGCGGACUUCCCAGCGGGACACGACGACACGACACAUGGACGGACGGACAGAGGGCGGCCACAUCCUCCUCUCCACCCUUCUUCCUUUUGGUGACCCCGCCGAUUUUGCAUGACGAAGCCCCUCCGAGACUUUGCAAGGAAUGCCCGUCCUCUUUGCCCUCCUGUCUUCUUCCUCCCCUCCACUCUUUAAAAGAAAAUCAAAAAAGAAACACAAACCACCACGACUGCCUCUGUCCAAACCUGUGAGAGAACGGGGUGGGAAACGUGCCCAAAAAAGUGGACAUUCGGGGACGCGUUCCGGCUAUCGGGGGGCGACAAUAGCAAAAGGGGAGGCCGCCGUUCUGUAUUAUGAUCACAAGGCAGAAAAGGUACUCUAAAAAAAACCAGACUUCCGUUUAAAUUAUCGCCCCACCAGACUCUCCCCUUCCAGUUUCUUUUUCCUCCCGCUUCUAAAUGGUCGGCUUCAUUACCCAACUUGAGAUUUGCACCAUUGUAAACAAGGAACGAGAUCCCGUUGAAUCCGUAGUGGUCACCUUGAGGGCAAAGGCCCAAACGGUUGGGAGUGUUCGAAUUAGCGGGGAGGAAAAAGUUGAUAUUACAGUGUUCCCUCACUUAUCACGGGUGUUAUGUUCCAGGAUCACCCGCAAAAAGUACGUUCCAGGACUACCUGCGAAAAGUGAAAAUCCGCAAAGUAGGGAUGCUAUAGAUGUAUAUCGAGUUCCAAAGGUGAGGCAGAAGUGAGGAGAGAUUUAAUGGCACCAUUCAUAAACCCGCAAAACAGCGAAUCCGCGAAAAGCGAACCGAGAAGUACCGAGGGAACACUGUACCUUCAAGUCCUGUUUCCCUGAAAAUAAGACAGUGUCUUAUAUUAAUUUUUGCUCCCGUGAAACAGCGAGUUUGUGAAAAGCUAACCACAAAGUUAGCAAGGGAACACUGUACUUUCAAGGCCUGUUUCCCUGAAAAUAAGACAUAUCAAUUUUUGCUCUCAAAGAUGCGCUAGGUCUUAUUUUCAGGGGAUGUCUUAUUUUUCCGAGAUUAGAAUGCCGCUCUGGGCAACAGCAACCAUUCAUAAACUGGGAGGCAAGAACCCGUGAAACAGUGAGUUCGCGAAAAGCAAACUGCGAAGUACCGACGGAACACUGUACCUUUAAGUCCUGUUUCCCUGAAAAUAAGACAGUAUCUUAUAUUAAUUUUUGCUCCCGCAAAACAGCGAGUUUGUGAAAAGCUAACCACGAAGUAGCAAGGGAACACUGUACUUUCAAGUCCUGUUUCCCUGAAAAUAAGACAGUGUCUUAUAUAAGUUUUUCUUCCAAAGAUGCGCUAGGUCUUAUUUUCAGGGGAUGUCUUAUUUUUCCGGGAUUAGAAUGCCGCUCUGGGCAAUGGCAACCAUUUAUAAACUGCGAGGCAAGAACCUGCGAAAAAGCGAAUCCACGAAAAGUGAGCCGCGAAGUAGCAAGGGAACACUGUACUUUCAAGUCCUGUUUCCCUGAAAAUAAGACAGUGUCUUAUAUAAAUUUUUGCUCUCACAAAACAGCGAGUAUGUGAAAAGCUAACCACGAAGUAGCAAGAGAACACUACUUUCAAGUCCUAUUUCCCUGAAAAUAAGGCAGUGUCUUAUAUUAAUUUUUGCUCCCAAACAUGCGCUAGGUCUUAUUUUCAGGGGAUGUCUUAUUUUUCCGAGAUUAAAAUGCUGCUCUGGGCAACGGCAACCUUUCAUAAGCUGGGAGGCAAGAAACAGCGAAUCCGCGAAAAGCAAACUGUGAAGUAGCAAGGGAACACUGUACCUUCAAGUCCUGUUUCCCUGAAAAUAAGACAGUGUCUUAUAUUAAUUUUUGCUCCCGCGAAACAGCGAGUUCGUAAAAAGCGAACCGCGAAGUAGCAAGGGAGCACUGUACUUUCAAGUCCCGUUUCCCUGAAAAUAAGACAGUGUCUUAUAUAAAUUUUUGCUCCCAGAGAUGCGUUAGGUCUUAUUUUCAGGGGAUGUCUUAUUUUUCCGAGAUUAGAAUGCCGCUCUGGGAAACGGCAACUAUUCAUAAACUGGGAGGCAAGAACCCGCGAAACAGCGAGUCUGCGAAAAGCGAACCGCGCAGUAGCAAGGGAACACUGUACUUUCAAGUGCUGUUCCCCUGAAAAUAAGACAGCAUCUUAUAUUAAUUUUUGCUCCCGAAGAUGCGCUAGGUCUUAUUUUCAGGCGAUAACUUAUGUUUUCCAAGACUAGAAUGCCGCUCUGGGCAACGGCAACCAUUCAUAAACUGCGAGGCAAGAACCCGCGAAACAGCGAGUCCGUGAAAAGCAAACCGCGAAGUAGCAAGGGAACACUGUACUUUCAAGUCCUGUUUCCCUGAAAAUAAGACAGUGUCUUAUAUAAAUUUUUGCUCCCAGAGAUGUGUUAGGUCUUAUUUUCAGGGGAUGUCUAAUUUUUAAUGAAGAAGAAUUCACAUUUAUUAUUGAACAAAGAAAAUAUGACUAUUUAUUAUAUACCGUACAGUAGUUGUCAGUAUAUAAUAAAUAAUAUUCACAGACAGGGCCACCAAAAAUAAGGGCUGUAAAGUACCUAACUCCCACACAUUGUCUGGAGACUGGAACAAUGUCCCACAGCAGGUCCCGGACCUCACAACCUCUGAGGAUGCCUGCCCAUAGAUGCAGGCGAAACGUCAGGAGAGAAUGCUUCUGGAACAUGGCCAUACAGCCCAAAAAAUUACAACAACCGUCUGAGGAUGCCUGCCAUAGAUGCAGGCGAAACGUCAGGAGAGAAUGCUAUUGGAAUAUGGCCAUACAGCCCAAAAUAUUUACAGCAACCCUCUGAGGAUGCCUGCCAUAGAUGCAGGCGAAACGUCAGGAGAGAAUGCUUCUGGAAUAUGGCCAUACAGCCCAGAAAACUUACAGCAACCCAGUUCCUGGACCACUUGUACAGCAGGGACGGUAUUGCACCUUCCGGCCACCAGGGGGAGCAUGAUUCCAAACAAAAACUUUGCUAGGUCUUACUUUCGGGGGAGGCAAUUCAGCAAAACCUUUACUAGGUCUUAUUUUCAGGGGAUGUCUUAUUUUUGGGGAAAUUGUAUUUUCCUUCAAUUUUUUUUCUGACUCGCCGAGCCAAACAAGUCAGAAAUUCAGGAUUUUACGAAGCCACUCCUUCCCCUUUUCCAAAGGUGGUCAAGCUUGAAUGCGGUUUUCCUGCCUCUUGGCAGAAAGGGGUUGGACUGGAUGACCCACGAGGUCUCUUCCAACUCUAGGAUUUCGUGAUUCUAUAAGCGUUUUUUUCCUCCUCUCCCUAAUAAACGAAGCAUUAAUAGGGUCCAUCAUGUUGCAUAAGUAUUCAAUUGGGGUCCGAAUGGGAGAAACCGAGUGAUUACAAAGCAUUGGGAGAAAGAUAAGAUGUAGCAUUUUCCUUCGUGCUUGAUACUGUCAUUUUCGGGAGGAAUGUCAAGAUCUGCCCCUUGGUUUAACUUUCCCAUAAUGGGUUGUUGUAGGUUUUUCGGGUUUUAUGGCCAUGUUCUAGUAGCAUUCUCUCCUGACGUUUCGCCUGCAUCUGUGGCAAGCAUCCUCAGGAUGCAGGCAAAACAUCAGGAGAGAAUGCUUCUAAAACAUGGCCGUACAACCCGAAAAACCUACAACAACCCAGUAAUUCCGACCAUGAAAGCCUUUGACAAUACGUUUCCCAUAAUGCUCUGCCAGGCGUUUGGAGGAAUUGUGGGAAAUCAGAUAGAAACAAGAACGAGACAACUUAAGUCCAUGCUCUUGAUAUUGAUAGUCAUGAUUUAUGCUUUGAAGAUCCCCUUCUACUAAAUGAGGUCUAUCAUAUACAUUCCAGUUUGAUGAGUCCCUGCUACUGGUUUCACUGGAAACGUCUUCUCUCUUGAAACCUAGAGUCUCGCUUAUCGGACAUAAACAGGCCAGCAGAAUGUCGGAUAAACGAAAAUGUCGGAUAAUACGGAGUCUUCUAAUGUUACCCAUCUGAUGCGGCGCUAGACACCUAGAAUACUAACAAUGGAGAGUUAAAGAGUUAAGGCAAGGCAAAGCCUCAGGGCUAGAUGGGCCCGGCAGGAAGUGCCUGGAUGCCGAAGAGGAGCGUAGAAAUCACAGAGGGAAGGAGGGAGGUCGCUUCCGCUUCCGGUCCUGCCUCUUUUCCCCCUUUCCUCCUUCCCCCUCUUCCUCCUUGUCUUGCCUUUUUCACUGGAGAGAGAGUUGAGGAGCGCUCCUUUCAUUGAAGAGGAAAAGAGGGCGUUGUAUAAAAGCGUCGGAUAAGACGGAACGUCGGAUAAGUGAAGGUCGGAUAAGCGAGACUACUGUAUUUUAUUUUGGGGAGUAACUAAGAGUAACUGGUGGAGCAGCGGGUUAAACUGCUGAACCUGCUGACCAAAAGGUCGGUGAUUUGAAUCCGGCGAGCAGGGUGAGCUCCCGCUGUUAGCCCCAGCUUCUGCCAAUCUAACAGUUCGAAAACAUGCAAAUGUGAGAACAUCAAUAGGUUUUGUGUUUUUUUUUUUGGUCGUGUCAGGAGCUACUUGAGAAACUGCAAUUCGCUUCUGGUGUGAGAGAAUUGGCCGUCUGCAAGGACGUUGCCCAGGGGACGCCUGGAUGUUUUGAUGUAUUUAUCAUCCUCGUGGGAGGCUUCUCUCAUGUCCCCGCAUGUGGAGCUGGAGCUGAUAGAGGGAGCUCAUCCGCCUCUCCCCGGAUUCGAACCUGCGACCUGUUGGUCUUCAGUCCUGCCGGCACAGGGGUUUAACCCACUGUGCCACUGGGGGCUCCAUCAAUAGGUACCGCUUCUGCACUCCAUGCAGUUAUGCCGGUCACAUGACCUUGGAGGUGUCUACGGAGAACGCCGGCUCUUCAGCUUAGAAAUGGAGAUGAGCACCAGCCCUCAAGAGUCGGACAUGACUAGACUUAACAUCAAGGGGAAACCUUGACCUUUAAUAUAACUAAGAAAGAUCCCAGCAAAUUGCCCAAACUGCUGAGCUGCUGAACUUGCCGACUGAAAGGUUGGCGAUUUGAAUCCGGCGAGCGGGGUGAGCUCCCGCUGUUAGCCCCAGCUUCUGCCAACCUAGCAGUUCGAAAACAUGCAAAUGUGAGUAGAUCAAUAGGUACCGCUUCUGCAGGAAGGUAAUGCCGCUCAAGGUAGUCAUGCCGGCCGCAUGACCUUGGAGGUGUCUAUGAACAACGCCAGCUCUUUGGCUUAGAAAUGGAGAUGAGCACCAAGUCCCAAGAGUCGGACACAACUAGGCUUAACGUCAAAUGGAAACCUUUACUAUAACUAAGAAAGACCCCAGCAAAUUGCCCGAACUCGCCCGAUGAAGAGAAGCUACUGUUCUCCAUUGUGGUCCCUGUGAAAUCGCACAUAUGGUAUUUCCUGCGGCUGCGCAGACAGCUUCGGAAUCUUCUAGCUAUCGAUCCCAACAAUGUCAAUCCCUAGCACCUUACUGUAGGCUGCCCUUGAAAGUGGAGGCUCCAUUUCCCAUUUGAGUAAUGACUUAAGAUAGCCAAUCUCCAUUUCCUAGAGCCGUGAAUCACCAGUGUUUCGGGAGUGACUCCUCAGAACAGAAAUCGGGGUCCGUUUUGGGGGGUUUCGGGGUGGCAGAAUGGGUAAAGUCUGCUUCCGAAAGCCAUUCGGAGAAGGAAUUGGUGUCCGUUUCGGUUGGUUACGGGAAUCGAGGUUACUCAGUUUCAGGCUAUGAAUCUGGUCCAUUCCCUUUGCCUCUAUGUGUGUGUGUAUAUAUAUAAAUAUUUCUCUUCCUAGUUCUGGACCUGUGUGUGCCUUCCGUUCACCUCCCUUCAACUCGCUAGCCCAGGCAUGGGCCAACUUGGGAACUCCCUGCAGGUGUUUUGGACUCCAACUCCCACAAUUCCUAACAGUUUCAAGCCCUUUCCUUUUCCCCCUUUUGCAGCUGACAGAUGGAAAUUUUUUAUCAGUGCCAAUUGUUUUUAAAUCCAGGCCAAGGUCUUUAGGCACUGCCAGUGUGUCGAUCAUAGGAACUUGGGUUGUGGUUAAGCGCAAAGGUUGUGGUUAAGUGCAAAGGUUGAGGUUAAGCGCAAAGGUUGUGGUUAAGCCAAAGGUCAAGGGAGUGGGGCUGGAAAGAGAGGCACUUACCCAGUGUGUCGAUCAUAUCAUUAUUAUAUUAAUAUAUUAUUUUAAAAGGAAAAGGAAGGGGGCUCAGGCUGUUAGGAAUGGUGGGAGUUGGAGUCCGAAACACCGAAACUGGGAAGGCCCAAGUUGGCCCAUGCCUGUCCUAUUCUCUCACUAUAGGAAGACCACAGCACCCUUUUCCUCGCCCCUGUCUUCCCAUUCGCAAAGGACUCGGCAAACACUCGUCUUGCAGGAAAUUGAGGAAAAGAGGGGCCCGGCAUCCUCUGCCGCCAACAACAUCCAGGUAGUGUCUCUGUGCUUUUGGGAGACUGUUGCAGUUUCACGUGUUUGCAGUGGCAUCUGUUCCGACCUUUAUUUUCUCUCUUUCUUUCUUUUUGGACAAAUAAUAAUAAAAAAGAGAAUCUGUGUAGAAA